CAAAAGGCACUGGAGACGCAAGAAAUGGAGAUCGUUACGUUAAAAGAACAGCUGGCCAUACGAUCAGCGGAAUAUGCGCGUCUGGCCGCCCAAUAUGACCCUUUCCGCUUGCAUAACACUCUAAGCGAAAGCGGCGGUAACGGAGGAGCCGUCACAGGCACAACCGGAACGCGGGACUCACUGCCCGAGUACGUUUUGAAAGCCGACCUCGACAAUGCGCUAAUGAUGGUGCACCAGCGCGACAUGCGGGUUGAGGAGAUGAUACUCGAACUGGUGCAAUUGAUGGAGGAGCGCGACCAUCUGCAACUUAAACUAUCGGACACAUUGCGUCAAUUAGAAGCCGAACGAGUCCGUGCCAGCGAUGUGGAGCGUAAGUAAAAUCCUAAUGGAUGUAUUUCUAAAUUAACACAUUAAUGUUAUAGCGUCCAUUCUAGCUGCAAAAACAGGUGCAACAAGUGUAGGCAGCAACUGCGGCACAGCUUCAUCCUCAGCUGGCUCC